GUGAGAGUUGCAAUAGAGAAGUACUCUGUGCUGCAACAACAGACGUGCCACCAUCCUGAACCCAAGCCUUGGAGACCCUAAUCUAUGACUUGUGGAUGAAGACCUUUGUGUUAUGACAUGCCUGUGAAAGGUACCCUAUCCCAGGCAGUGUACAGCUAGCCAUGGAGCAUCAGGCGUGGAUACUGAGAAGCUUAUUGGCCCAGCUGGAGAGUCAGGAGACUGUGGACAAGGACGCACCAAGUGGCAUUGCUGGGGAGUUUGCGAGGUUAAAAAACCAGUCAACUAAGUACCGCACUGACAAGACCUACCCCUCCAAGACAGCAGAAAAGCAGGAAAACAUCAAGAAGAACCGAUACAAGGACAUUGUUCCCUUUGACCACAGCAGAGUAAAGCUCACUCUUCUCACAGCUAAAAAUGACGCAGACUACAUCAACGCCAGUUUUAUCAAGGGAGUGUCAGGAUCCAGGGCCUACAUCGCUACUCAAGGUCCUCUGCCUCACACAUUACUGGACUUCUUGAGGAUGAUUUGGGAGUACAACAUAAUGGUCGUAGUCAUGGCCUGUCGAGAAUUUGAAAUGGGAAAGAAAAAGUGUGAGCGAUACUGGCCACAAAAAGAAGAACAGCCAUUUGUUUGUGAGCCUUUUACAGUUUACUGUGAUUCUGAGGUAAACAAAGGUGAUUAUCUGACAAGGACGUUACGGGUGACUUAUCAUAACUGUAGCCGAACUUUGACACAGCUGCACUAUGUCAACUGGCCAGAUCAUGGUGUACCAGACUCCAUCCCUCCCAUUUUACAAAUGUUGCAUGAGAUGCGUUCCCAUCAAGACCAUGAUGACAUCCCCAUCUGCAUCCACUGCAGUGCUGGCUGUGGUAGAACAGGAGCCCUGUGUGUGAUUGAUUACACUUGGAAUCUCCUGAAGAAACAGAUGAUCACGCUGGAUUUCAAUAUCUAUGACUUAGUUCAAAAUAUGAGGACCCAGAGGCCCUCCCUGGUUCAAACCAAGGAACAAUACGAGCUGGUCUACAGAACCAUCAAGUUACUGUUUGAGAGAUAUCUGCAGUCCAUGGAUGCACAGACCUGCAGAAAUGAGGUGACAAUGGUCCCAUCAACUAAUACCCCUGACACUGAAAGCGCGCUCUCUGACCUGAGUGAGGAGUUGGAUUUGCUUCCACAGUUCCAGCACCUCCUUGAUGAGGAAAGCGAUGUUUUUCCCCAGUACCACACUCCCCUGCAUUCUGCUUCAGAAAAUCUCAUUGCCUUGAGAGAGAAGGACAUGCAGUGGGACGACCGACAAUGGCACCUGCUCCAGAGCUUUCCUGAGGAUCUGGCCUUCACCCAGGACCUGCAGGAGGGACCCACGACCUCACCCAAACUGGUGCAUAUCAGCCAGAGAAGCCCUGAAGCGGAGGAGAAGAUACAGGAACGCGAUGACGUACCAUUCCUGAACCCUCCACCUUCACCAGCUGUGGCAUCAGCCAUUUGUCUGAUGGUGGAAGACCCUUACUUCGAUGCUCCAUUGAGUUCCCCUUCAUCAGAGGAAGUGCCAGUGGACUCUGAAGAUGCCAAACAAUGGACAGUUAGCCCUAUCUUCAACACACCCUCAUUGUUUUUGAAUGACCAGACUCUAGAGCUUAGCUCUCCUGCUUCAGGUACUGUAGAAGCUGAAACAGAUGAGGAGGUACCUCCUCCCCUGCCUCUACGAACCCCUGAAUCAUAUGUACUAGAUGUGGAUGCAGAGCAAUCAGAUCCUUGUGAAAGGUUAAUGGUUAUCAUUCCACCCAAUGCUGCUGCUGAGACUGUCAGGGAGUUGCAAGGUAGCCCCCCCUCACCUGUCCCCCCACUUCCAGAGAGAACCCCAGAAUCAUUUGAGUUGGCUCUUGAUCAAGCUCCUGUGGAGCAGAAGUUAGAGGUCACGACAGCAGUGAACCUGAACAGAAUAGGAAUGUCUUCAGAAUGGUGUGGUAACUCAAAGCCAGCUGCAACUGCAUCUCUGAAUGAGACAACACCUUGGGUGAGGAGUAAGAGUCUGAGAGCAAAAAUGACCUUCACAGUACCAGUAACACAUCCUGAUCUUACAACAACAAUUUCAGACCUCCACCCUUACUGUCCACCUCUGGACCCAGUGACUCCUUUGCUGCUUCCUCAAACUGAGGAGAGCCUGACUCCUCCUCUUCCUGACAGAACCCCAGAGUCAUUCGUCCUCAGCACAGAAGCGACAGCUUGCAAGAAAACCCCCAUCUGCCCACAGCCCUUACAAGCAACACAGCCCUCAUCAAGGGUAGGCUUGUCAUCUGAGUGGGAUGGCAACUCUCAGCCCCAAAAAUUCCUCGACGUUGUUAUGAGCAGGAGCAAGAGUGUUCGAGCUAAAAGUUCAAGACAAGAACCCCUCACUGCAUUUCGGCAGCUCACUCCACCGUCUGUGGUCAUGGCUGGAGGAGGAAGUGCACAAGUGGGACUGCAUGAUGUGAACCGCAGGCCCUCCCAGAACACUGAUACAUCAGGAAACAAAUCAGACAAAAGCAACGAGAAGGGCAUGUCUAGAACCAGGAGUUUGAAGUUUUUUAGACCUAAACAAAAACCUAAAUUUGCCCCUCCACCACCUCCUACCCAAUCUGUAACACCACCUGCUUCAUAUGGUGCAUCAUCUUCAGUGUUCAAAUUUGGAUUUGGGAACCGUUUUGGAAAGCCAAAAGGCCCCAGGAGUUACCCUGACACCUGGUUUUGAGGCAAUCUCCCCUCUCUAAAAAUCAAAAAUGGACCUGUUCUUCUAUUGAUGAUCAGCAUAAUACAUUGCAUCGCUGAAAGACUUUUGAGACAAUUGAAAGUUUAUUGCGAGCGUGUCUUGAAAAUACUGUGGAAGAUCACAAGCCACGGACCUGAAAAACUCUGAUAGCCGUUUCUCUUUGCAUUGCACAGCACAGUAGCACCCUCAGCAAAGAACAGGAAGUGUCUUCUUACCACCUCUUAUGUGUUAUGUACUGUAUUUUAAACAUGGAUCAGUGCCUCGUUGUACACCAUGGACAGCCACUUGAUGCCAUGACUUGAAUGUUUAACCAAAAACUCAGCCUCUACAAUAAUUUACUUGGCAAAGUAGGCAGACUGCAAUGAGAAGUUUUAUACUUCUUGUUUUAAUGCUCAAGGCAUUGCUGUUGAACUUGGCAUGUGAUGUGAGGAAUAUAUUUAGUUAUGUCCUGUUAUGUGUGUGCAUGCAUGUUUUUGGCAUGAAAUAGGAAAACGGGUAUAACAUUCUACCUAGUUCAUCAGCACAUCGCUUUUCUGUUAUAAAGGCAGACUUUAAGGCACUCAGUGCA